GCACGAGCUAAGCUCUCCUCUGAAGCUGCCCGACCCGACCAGAACCUCCGCCUACUCGUCGGGCAUGCCAACCUCCUCGAGUCUCUGAUGCUCGAACUUUCUGGCGUGUUGAGAGAUCAGGAGAACUGGUUUACCCAAUUGUUGGGGGGUGCUAUGAAGCCUGAGGAACGACAUAUUCGGUGGGCCGAUAGCGUCGUCGAGGAGCAUCCCGAGGAGGAC